UUCCUGUGGGUGGAUGCCUAGAUGGGGAGGAGGGAGCGAAGGCUUAGCUGACCAGGCUGAUCUUGCCCAUACAGGUGUGCAUAACUCAAGGAAUGUGAGACAGUCUGAGUCAUGGACACUCCUCCUCCCUCCACCUGAGCUGGAAUAAAAUCAGCCCUCACCUGAGAAGGGGAUCCCACUACAGAUUUCUUACCUGCUCUUCUGGUUAUACCUCCCCUCCCCACACACACAUCUGGUGGGGAAAAAAAAGACACGGGUUGAAGAAACGACAGCAAGGGAAAGUGGAGAGAAAGGGAGCAGUUGAUAUUUGACCAGAGGGAGCAGAAAUUCCUGCAAAGAAGAAUUUCUUGGCUUGGCAUGUGGGUGCCUCUUGUUUGGAUUGUUGCAGAGGAUUUCAGCUUUGAAGCAGACCCAGCGCUAAUGAGGAGGAAGAGAAUGGAUGUGUCACUCCACAGGAUAUGGGCCAGGCUGCUCCUGCUGUCCCUGCUCUGUGCCACGGGCCUGUGCCAAAAGAACAAAAUUAAUAGCUGUGUGGCCUCCAGGGCAAAGAGCUGCACAGAAUGUAUCCGAGUGGACAAGGACUGCUCUUACUGCACGGAUGAGAACUUCAAAGACAGCCGAUGUGACUUGAGAGAGAACCUGGUGCUGUACGGCUGCAGUAAGGCCGGUAUCGUGUACAUGAAAGGCGAGAUGAGUGUCCAGCAGAACAUCAGCAUCAACACUUUUCUGAAGAAAACCCAGGUGUCUCCGCAGCAGAUGUACAUGCGGCUGAGAGCUGGGGAGGAGGCCAGCUUUGACAUGGAUGUCUUCCAGCCCCUCGAGAGCCCUGUGGAUCUCUACAUCCUCAUGGACUUCUCCUACUCCAUGUCUGAUGACUUGGAUAACCUCAAGAAAAUGGGCCAGCAGCUAGCGGAGGUCCUGCGAAAACUGACCUCGAAUUAUACCAUCGGUUUUGGCAAGUUCGUGGACAAAGUCUCAGUUCCACAAACAGACAUGAGACCUGAGAAGCUGCGAGAGCCCUGGAAUGAUGCUGAUCCUCCCUUCUCCUUCAAGAACGUCAUCCGCCUGACCAGCAACAUUGACCACUUCAGCCAGGAGCUGCUGAAGGAGCGUAUCUCCGGCAACCUGGAUGCCCCAGAGGGUGGCUUUGAUGCCAUCCUCCAGACAGCUGUUUGCAAGGAGAGCAUUGGCUGGAGGAAGGACAGCACUCACCUGCUGGUCUUCUCCACUGAGUCUGCCUUCCACUAUGAAGCCGACGGCACCAAUGUGUUGUCUGGGAUCCUGCAGCGUAACGACGAGCAGUGCCACCUGAGCCAGGACGGCACCUACACCUACGACACCAAGCAGGACUAUCCCUCUGUGCCCACCCUCGUGCGUCUGCUGGGCCAGCACAACAUCAUACCCAUCUUUGCCGUCACCAACCACUCCUACAGCUACUAUGAGAAACUGCACCGGUAUUUCCCCCUCUCAGAAAUUGGAGUGCUGCAGGAAGACUCCUCCAAUAUUGUGGAGCUGAUUCGCAUAGCUUUUGAGCGUAUCCGUUCCAAGAUGGACAUCCGCAUGGACUCUGUCCCCAGAUCCAUCAAGUUCAACAUUACUUCCUUGAAGUAUGAAAAGACUGAGUCGGGCUCCUUCUUUGUCUCCCGCGGGGAAGUGGGCAAGUUCAAUCUGCGUUUGAAAGCCCUGGAGAAGGUGGGUGGGGAGCAUGUCUGCAACCUCCAGGAGAAAGACCGGCAGGGAACAAUCCACGUGAAACCCUCCUCACUGAGCGACAGCCUGAAAAUUGAUGCCUCUGUCAUCUGUGAUGUCUGCCCCUGUGAGCUGCAAAAGGAAAGUAGAUCGUCCAAAUGUGGAUUCAACGGGGACUUCGUCUGCGGACGGUGUGUCUGCUACUCAAACUGGCGAGGGGACUCAUGUGACUGCUCCUCUGACUUUUCUGAGGACAACCAGGCCUGUAUCCGCCCUGGGGACGAGAAGCCUUGUUCAGGGCGGGGUGAAUGCCUCUGUGGGAAAUGCCAGUGCUACUCGGAGGACCUGACCCUGCGCUAUGAGGGCGACUACUGUGAAUUUGACAACUUCCAGUGUCCACGCACAUCUGGCUUCCUCUGUAAUGAUCGGGGUCGCUGCUACAUGGGCCAGUGUGCAUGUACAAGUGGCUGGGGAGGCCCUGGCUGUGAAUGUCCCACAAGCAACGAGACCUGCAUUGACAACAAUGGGGGAAUCUGCAAUGGCCGUGGGAAGUGUGAAUGUGGCAGGUGCAUUUGUGACAGCUCUUCUCCCUACAUGGACCCCACCUGCGAAAUAAAUUACUCCAUGCUUAUGCUUGGGGUGUGUGAAGAUACUCGAACCUGUGUCCAGUGCCAGGCCUGGGGGACUGGUAAGAAGAAGGGGAAGGAAUGCACUGAAUGCCCUUCCAAGAUCCAGAUGGUGGAUGAACUGAAAGAUGAGGAGGUGAAUGAGCACUGUUCAUUCCAGGAUGAGGAGGACGAUUGCACAUACCGUUACACCCUGAAAGCAGAUCCCAGCAUGCCACACAACAACACCAUCCUUGUGCAGAAGAAGAAAGAGUGCCCACCAGGAAGCUUCCUAUGGCUCAUCCCCCUGCUCAUCUUCCUGAUCCUGCUUCUGGGGCUGCUGCUGCUGCUCUGCUGGAAGUUCUGUGCUUGCUGCAAGGCUUGCCUGGCCCUGCUGCCCUGCUGUGCACAAGGCCGCACUGUCGGGUUCAAGGAGGACCACUACAUGCUCCGGCAGAGCCUCAUGGCCUCCGACCACCUGGACACCCCCAUGCUGCGCAGUGGCUCUCUGAAGGGCAGAGACACCGUGCGCUGGAAGAUCAACAACAAUGUCCACAAGCCAGGCUUCUCCUCCCAUGCAGCCACAAACACCAAAGAGCUGAUCCCAUACGGCAUCUCUCUGAGACUGGCUCGGCUUUUCACCCAGAACCUCACGAAACCAGACACCCGUGAAUGCGAGCAGCUGCGCAAGGAGGUGGAAGAGAAUCUGAAUGAUGCUUACAAGCACAUUCUUGGUGCUCACAGACUCCAACAGACUAAGUUCAGGGUGCAGCCCAAUGCAGGAAAAAGGCAGGACCACACCAUUUUGGACACAGUGCUCACUGCCCCCCUUGGAGCCAAACCUGAGAUCAUAAAGGUGACAGAAAAACACAUCGGGCAGGAGGCCUUCAAUGAUCUGAAGGUGUCACCUGGUUACUACACCGUGAUCUCUGACCAGGAUGCCCACGGCAUGGUGGAGUUCCAGGAAGGCGUGGAGCUGGUGGAUGUCCGCGUCCCACUCUUUAUCAGGGAAGAAGAUGAUGAUGAGAAGCAGCUGCAGGUGGAGGCCAUUGAUGUCCCCACAGGGAUAGCGAAGAUUGGACGCAGACUUGUCAACAUCACUAUCAUCAAAGAACAAGCCAGCAGCCUCAUCAGCUUCAUGCAGCCAGCCUACUCUCACAGCCGCUUUGACCAGGUGGCUAGGAUCCCUAUUGUUCGUGAGAUAAUAGACCAUGGGAAAUCCCAGAUCUCCUACAGGACUCGGGAUCUUACUGCCAAGGAAGGCAGGGACUACAUCUUCACAGAGGGUGACUUGCUCUUCCAACCUGGGGAGACACGGAAGGAGGUGCAGGUGCCACUGCUGGAAUUGACUGAGAUAGACACCCUUCUGCACACCCGCCAGCUCAAGCAGUUCACCGUGGAUCUCCUCAACCCCAAGUAUGGGGCCAAGAUCGGCAGAUACCCACAAACUGUGGUGACCAUUGCUGACCCAGAGGUCGUGGAUGGCACACCACUUCCACUGGGUCUGGGCCAAGUCCCUCAGUCUCCCAAGGGCAAAAUCAGUGCUCCACUCAAUCCAAAUGCCCAGGCCCUCAACUCCAGAAAGAUCCGGUUCAACUGGCUGCCACCCCCUGGCAAACCUCUGGGGUACAAGGUGAAGUACUGGAUCCAAGGGGACCCUGAGUCGGAAGCCCGGCUGAUCGAUUCCAAGGUCCCAUCAACAGAGCUGAGUAACCUGUACCCUUUCUGCGACUAUGAGAUGCAGGUCUCUGCCUACAACAGCAUGGGCCAGGGCCCGUACUCCAAUGUUGUCCAUUGCCGCACGCUGGAAGAAGUGCCCAGUGAGCCUGGACGCCUGGCUUUCAAUGUCGUCUCUUCUACGGUGACGCAGCUGAGCUGGGCUGAGCCUGCAGAGACUGGUGGGGAGAUCACGGCUUAUGAAGUCAGCUAUGGACUCGUCAACGAGGACAAUGUACCCAUCGGGCCAAUGAAGAAAGUGCUGGUUGAGGACCCAAAGAAGCGUAUGGUUCUGAUCGAAAACCUUCGGGAGUCCCAUCCAUACCGCUACAUGGUGAAGGCCAAGAACAGGGCUGGCUGGGGGCCUGAGAGAGAGGCUACAAUCAACCUUGCCACACAGCCCAAGCGCCCGUUGUCCAUUCCCAUCAUCCCUGAUGUGCCAAUCAUCGAUGCUGAGGGAGGUGAGGACUACGACAGCUACCUGAUGUACAGCACCGACAUGCUGCGCUCCCCAGCGGGCAGCAAGCGUCCCAGUGUCUCUGAUGACUCUGGGUCCAGGUGGAAAUAUGUGCAGCUGCUGGGGGAGGACUUGGAUCUUCGCCACAUCACCUGGAAGCUCCCAGCUGAAAUGAUCCCCCGCCUCUCCGGCAGCAGCUGCUUCUCCUCAGACACCGAGGGUCUCCUCCGUGAGGACAGUACCCCCUCAGAGCUGUCGGACACCAACACGGCCAGCGGCAGCCUGACAAGGAGUGGGACACCCCGGCCCCAAGCAGAGCACCUGGUGAAUGGCCGGAUGGAUUUCAACUUCCCUGGCAGCGGGGGCACCCUGACCCGGAUGGUCACUGCCAACUACAGCGAGCUGAGCUCGCACAUGCAGCAGGAAAGGAGGGUGAUGGGGAGCUCGACACUGACCAGAGACUACAACACGCUGGUGUCAGGACAUGACCAUCCAGGGAGGAAUCUCCCUCCCAUACGUGAAGAUGCUGGGAGGAUGGUCUUGCUGCCGCGGGAUGUAGGUUUCAGGAGCAGGGCAAAGGUGAAGGGUUACUACCCCAGCACUGGCUUUCGGGACUCUAUAAUCAUGACUGAUGAGUCCACUGGGAUUUGCAAGUAUAUAGAUUCCAGGGUGACCCCAGGCAUCCCCGACACACCCACCCGCCUGGUGUUCUCGGCGCUGGGACCCACCUCUCUGAAAGUCAGCUGGCAGGAGCCGCAGUGCGAGAAGGAGGUGCAGGGAUACAGCGUGCAGUACCAACUCCUCAACGGAGGAGAAGUAUACAGACUCACCAUCCCCCACCCCAGCCAAAACUCAGUGGUGGUGGAGGACCUGCUGCCCAACCAAUCCUACAUCUUCAAGGUGAGGGCCCAGAGCGAGGAGGGCUGGGGCCCAGACAGAGAAGGCGUCAUCACUAUUGAGUCCCAAGUGGAUCCACAGAGCCCGCUGAGCCCGGUGCCAGGUUCACCAUUCACACUGAGCACACCCAGUGCUCCAGGCCCCCUGGUGUUCACUGCCCUGAGCCCAGACUCCCUCCAGCUCAGCUGGGAGCGACCCCGUAAACCCAACGGGGCAAUUCUGGGCUACAUGGUCACCUGCGAGAUGCUGCAUGGGGGAGGAGAACCCAGGAACAUUUAUGUGGAGGGGGACAACCCAGAAACCACCUUGACAGUGCCCUACCUGACUGAGAAUGUCCCAUACAAGUUCAAAGUGCAAGCUAAGACCACGCAAGGCUUUGGACCAGAGAGAGAGGGUAUCAUCACCAUAGAGUCUCAAGAUGGAGGAGCCUUCUCACAGUUUGGAGGGCAACAGUACAUGAGAGAAGAAGUGUACAACUUCCCCACUGAAUACAGCACUAAAACCAGCCUCACCCACUCCUCUCUGGAUCCGCAUUUUGCAGAUGGCAUGCUGAUGACCUCCCAGCGGGUAGAGAGCAACAGCAGCACCCUCACCGAGCAGGUCACCAGAGAGUUCGUCAGCAGGACCAUGAUGUCCAGUGGCAUGCUCACCAAACAGACGGAGAGGCAGUUUUACGAAGCCUGAGCUGGGGAGAGGCUGCUGAAAGGAUGUCUCCAUUCAGACUGCAGAACAUUUCAAGCAGACCUAUUGUUUGGUCAGCUUCCUGACUGUGCCAGAGAGCCUGCCACAUCUCUCCCGGCAUAAAAUUACUGUGGCACUUGUCAAGCCAGUCUUUCUUUUGCAGCUUGCCAUGGUCAAGGGCACGGCACAGUUAGCAGUUGGGUUGGCAGGGGUCUUGAUGCCCAUUCAGAGCUCUCCUGGGUGUCCUUGGGUCUUUACUGAGGAUUUUGACAUUGGUGACUUCUCAGUGCUGGGGCAUUGCCCAGCCAUUUUGGAGUUCAAUGUAUAAUCCUUGCCUGCUGAUAUAGGUCUUUGGGUGCAUGUUACCUACAAGCUCUGAUGUUCCUGGAAGUUUGGCUGCACUGGGUUUUGGUUUGCAUUGAAACGUCCACAUUCACUCUACCCUGCACAUCACUUUUAACUUCCUCACCUUUCCAACUGCUUCAUCUAUUAAUUUCACCCCCAGGAAACAACUCCCCUAGAAGACAACUUCAUGAUCGUCCAGAAAUGUUUAAAGUUCUGUUUUGUUAUAAGUGUGUGUUGCCAGGUAGAAGGUGAGGGUAACCUACUCAUUCCCACCACGUGUUUUUGUAAAGCCCCUUGCUGCUAAUGUGCGGUACUGCAAUAACAAAUUAUAGCCUUGAGUUGCAUAGCAUUACCUGCAAUGCUCUAAUGCAGUGUUGCUUACACUAUUGUACAGUUUUCCUAGUAUAUAUAUUUAUAAAUGUAUUUUAUUAUUUUAUAAAGAAACCUAGGUAGAUGAGAUCUACACGGAACAAUAAGGACAGAAGAGGACUCUGGCUUUUGGAAGUCAUUAGCAAGUUCAGCAGAUAAGUUGAUAAGGACCAAUCCAGAGGCCAUUAAACCCGAUGGAAAGCCUCCCAGUGAUUUAAGUGAGCUUUAGAUCAGUCCCUACAUCCCUCAGCACUGACUCCUAUGAUACAGGGGCCCAACUUCUUGGAGCAUCUCAGUCAGAUGUGUUUACACGCUGCAUAGCAAGAAACAGCAGUCUUAGUGUAGCUCCAGUGUACUGUGGGUAAAAGCCAGGAGCAGCCAGGAAGGGAAGAUUAGUGCUUCAGGUCCCAUGGCAUGCUCUCAAAGGAGACAACAGAAGUAAUGUUUUUGCUGCAAACCCAAGACCAGGAUUCCCUGUUGAUUCCAUUGUUCACAAGUGGAGCUUAGCCCAGGUAGGGUGUGACUUUCAAAAGGCAUUUGUACCCCACAGAAAUGCCCUCUGUGGAAUAUAAGAUUCCAUUAUCAACCAGGAAGCACAAGGUGAUGGAAGAGAGAGCGAGCUGUUAGCCUCCUUCCCUUAGUCUAUCCCCAUUUUGGGACUGGAGUCUCUUUCCUGUUCAAGUUGACGCAUUUGUCUGUCUCAGCCAGUUUCUUUCUGUGGACCAACCAUUCCCAGACUUUAUCUGUGCCUGGCCAGAGCUUGGUGGCCAAGAUGCAACCCUGUGUACUAGGUCAAUUCUGUUAACUGCUAGCAAAUGUUGGGGGCAGCUGCAUCUCUGAGCAUCCUCCAGGGGUGCUUUGCUAGUUGUCACCACAUGGUCUUUAUACCUCCUCUUAAGGUGUAGCUCUUUCUGUUGGAGUCCUGGAAUAGUAGUUCUGGCCGGAAGGCAUGGUACUUAACGAUAGGGCUUGUACUCUCUGCUUUAACCCAGUUGACAGCAACACCCUGAGCUCAGCAUCCACUUCUGAAUUGGGAUGAUGAUGAUGACGACACAUACUAGGGACCUUGUACUAAGUGUGUAAGGUGGAGAUUUUCAAAGGCACCAAGGACAGAGGGAAUUGAGUUCCUGACUUCUGUCUGUGCUUUUGAAAAUCUUCCCCCAAACCUCUAUGAGUCAGCACAUGAGGUUAACUGGCUGUGCAAGAGCAGGAGGCAGCCAUGGUCUGAUGGGGCGAGCUCUGCACUGGAGCGAGUAAGUCAGUUCCUGGGUUCUAUCCCUGGUUGUGCUACUGAUUCCUUCCCUGACUUGGGCAAGAGGCUCAGCCUGGUGGUGCCCUCCGUCAAGUGGUGACAAGAGGACAUAGUGUUGUAAAAGACUGGAGUCUUCUAGUGAGAUGGGCUGUGGAAUGGCUUGAGUUGGCUCAACCCCUUACUCUCUAUUGGAGCAGCAUUGGGCUGGAACUUGUGCCUUCCUAAGCCAAACCCCUGCAACCAAAGCAUAAACUCUCUUUAGGCCCCAGGGGUGGCUCUUGGGGGAGGGGGGCUUAUCUAUGGAACUCCUUAAACACUUCUUUGCACCAUAGUUUAUAAAUACUAGCCACUUUUAGAGCUCAGUUCUGUCCUCCCGAUUUCAAUGGGAAUUUGUCCAUUACUUUUUAGUAUGAAUGAGAUCCACGCACCUGAUUGAGAUGUACAUUCAUGUUGUCCUGCACAACCCUACAGCUUUGGUGGAAGUUAGGUCUACUUCAGUUUGUGAUUUAAAACACAAGCAGCCCAGUCUGGUAGAGGUUAAACCAGACAUGGUUUUCUACUUCCAAACAAGCUACCUGGGUGUUUGUUUGGAAAGAAAGUUUCCAAGCAAACACCCAGUUGUCAUCUGCCUUAAUUUUCAGUUCCUGUUUUCCAUGGUUCUUUAUAACUGGGGUUAUUUUACCUGCACGGAUAGUGGUAAGAAAGUUUCAGUUGACAUGGUUCUUCUCCAACUGAAUGCUAGUCCUUUUUCUGUGUUCUGUACUGCAGAUGUCCCUUACACCUUGAUUCACAGCCUCGAGAGGGAACCCCGAUAGCAGUUUUAACCAAAGAGCUUGUUACACUGUCUGGAGCAGAAUGCAGCAUGGUGGCUGGUCCUGAUCCUGGCAUUCUUGCCCUAAAAACUGGGUUGUAUGCCUCUUCUAACAGGCAUGCCAGGCUAGAACACAAGUGCAGAAUACAGCUGAAUUCAGCUCUCUCCAAGGCAGCAGUCUGACAGCAGGUGUUCUGGACCAGAUGGCUUUGUAUUGCACUUAAUAAACAUUUCUCUAUA